AUGAACUAUUCCAUAACUAUCCCCUCUUAUUGUCCUCUUACUCGUUUGAGGCGCGAAAAUGGGAGUCUGCACGACCCUUUUUUGAACACCCUAAUAACAGACCUGGCAGAUUUACCUGUAUUCAACUUGUACAACAACAAGCAAAUGAACCUACGAAAGGACCUCGAAGCGUUUGACGGAAAUCCAGUAGGGGCCCCGCUUUCGCUGUUGGGACAAAUCACGACGACUAUCACGCUGUUGGUGCGGACUUUGGAUGAAUAUGAGAGUUUUAUAGCCAAGGAGACCAUCAACGAGGAGAAAAAGCUGAAGAACGAAACGAGACUGCUGAAUUUGAGAAGCGAAUUGGGUGAAUCCAAGGAAAAAUUCACGCUUUUGAAGAAAAAAAGAGAGCAGGGACUUCAGGAUACCGGCAGGACCCAGUUAUUCGAGCGUGGAAGAAAUGGGGCAGGUUCCGAUAAUCCAUAUGACGACACUGCUAAUCAGCAGCCUGGAGUUGCGUCUUCAUUGAGCAUGCAGGAAGGUUUAUUAAAAGAAGGUUCGGUUUUGGGAAGAGGCAACCAGCAGUUGGAUGAGAUUUUGGAGAUGGGAAGGGCAACUUUUGAGGACUUGGUGUCACAAAACGAAAUCAUAGCAAAGGCACAGCGGAAGAUGACGGAGUCAUUGAGUACCCUAGGCUUUUCCAGAGCAACUAUCCGCAAAAUCGAGAAAAAGGCAUUUGAAGACAAGUGGAUAUUCUACAUCGGAGCAUUAUUCACAUUUUUCUGCUUCUGGCUGAUCUGGAGGUAUCUCGGGUGA